CUCUCUUGUCCCUAGUCUCUUGUCAUAUCCCCGUAUCAUCGACGUUCGACCACCCUGAUUAGGUUUAUUUUAUUUGUAAGUUCGCACCAAAGUAAUUGUUUUUUUAAUUAGCUUUUUUAAUCGAAGAGAAGGCUGGUGAUUUUUAUAACGCAUAAUCCUUAUUUAAAAAGUAUAUAAUCGAGAGAGAACAAAUCUAGUGUCUAGCCUCUAAGACUCGCCUUCCCGUGGUUAUUCUAUAAUAUUGAUUUUUUCCUCGUCUUUUCAUAUCAUACACGAGUGAUAAAAGUAACUAAAGUCGUUAAAAAAAUAAUUAAAAUUUCAAACCUAUGGAAUAAAAGAUGUGCAUAUACAUAAAAUCAUUGUGACCGGAUGUUAAGGAGCUGAACGGAAUAGACCGGCCUAUACAGUGAAGAUGAAUAUGGACAUUUACACAAUCACUCCUGCAGAGAGGGCAAGAUUUGAGCAGCAGUUCUUGUCGCUCAAACCUAUCAAUGGCAUCGUCACCGGUGACCAAGCCAAAGGAUUUCUCCUUCAGUCUCAACUACCUCCUGCGAUUCUUGGCAUCAUAUGGGCCCUAGCUGAUACAGAUGCUGAUGGAAAAAUGAACAUAAAUGAAUUUAGUAUAGCUUGUAAAUUAAUUAAUUUAAAAUUGAGAGGUUUCGAAAUUCCUAAAACUUUACCCCCUCCUUUAAUUGCAUUGGUUAAUCAACCACCCGUACUGAUGACCAUGACAAAACCACCAAUACCUCCACUGCCAACGAUGCCUCUAAUACCUAUGGGUGGUACGCCAGUUCAGCCACAACAAAUAAACCGCACAAUCUCUCCGCCGUCGGGAGGGCCAACUCCGAUAGUCUCAGCCCCACCCCCAAUUCCUCCAUUGCCAGCGGCACAAGUAGUCCGGCCUCCACCGGUCAUGCCACCUGUACCGAUGGCUCCUGUACAGCCUCAAGCUCCGAUAAUCCCUGUUGCACCGUUAGCUCCCGUUCAUCCAACAGUGCUUCCCCAACCAUUAAUCCAGCCUCUCCCGACCCAACCAAUAACUCCUCUUGGUGUCAUAACGAGUCAACCACCUCUCACACAGAUCCCUCCUACUCUCCCACAGCCUCCGACACCGAUUCCACCAAACACCCUCACAGGUCUUACUACGUCAAAACCGAGCCCACCAGCUCAACCAACACCCCCAACUCCACCAAUCAUGGCAACUGCUCCUUCUCAGCCUGCUGUAGCACCGCACUCAGUUGUGGAAAGAAAUCCUUCUCUGGAAUCUCCACUUGUUAUGAGUUCACCACUUGUUGAUUGGGCCGUACCACAGGCAUCAAAAUUAAAAUAUACGCAGCUGUUUAAUACAACAGAUAAGACUAGGUCUGGUUUCCUUACAGGCCCACAGGCCAGAAACAUUCUGCUUGCUUCGAAACUCCCACAAAACAUUCUUGCGACUAUAUGGGGUCUGUCAGACAUGGACGCUGAUGGUAGGCUGUCAUGCGAGGAGUUUGUUUUAGCUCUUCAUUUGUGCGAUAUGGCGCGUAAUGGUGAAACAUUACCGACUACUUUACCUCCAAAUCUGAUACCCCCGACAUUGCGUAAAGUGAGAAAUAACAGCCUAACGAUGUCCCCGGGUGGUGACAUGGCUGAUCCUAUGGCUGGAAUGUCUCAAGUUACAUUUGAAGAUAAACGAAAGGAGAAUUUUGUAAAAGGCCAAGCAGAAUUGGAUAGAAGAAGAAAAGCAUUGUUGGAGAUUCAAAGAAAAGAAGAAGAGGAGAGAGAAAGGAAGGAAAAAAUGGAACGGGAUAAACAAGAGAAAAUCAGGCUUGAGCAAGAAACACGCCGCCAGGAAGAAAUCGAGAGACAGCUUGAACGCCAGAGGGAAGCAGAAAAGGCGAGGGAGGAAGAAAGGAGACGGGCUGAGGAACAAAGGGAGGCCGCUAGGAAAGAGAUGGAGCGCCAACGCCAAGCUGAAUGGGAAAAACAAAGAACUCUAGAACUCGAAAAUAAGAGGCAGAAGCAACAAGAAGCAGUGCUAGCACUUAAGGCCAAGAGCCAAUCCUUGACAAUAACACUUUCCCAGAAGGAAGACAAGGUGAAAGAACUGUCAAAACAAAUUUCUGACACAAGGUGUGGUGUCACAUCGGUCAAGUCCAUCAUCGACGGCAUGAGGGCAACUAGAGAUCAAAACUUAGCAGAAUAUAAUCAAUUAAAAGCUCUAGUCAAACAAAGAAAUCAACAACUUGUUACAUUAAGCCAACAAAAAAUGAAACUCGAGGCACAGGGAAAACUUGGCGCAAAGGAUUCUGCUGAUGACAUUCUCGCUUUUAAUAACAAGCAGAUCAUUGUCAAAAACCUAAAGGAUAAACUGGCUGACUUAGAAGAACAAGUAAAGGUGAAAAUGUCAGAUUUGGAAAAUAACAAUUCUCAGCUUGAUGCUCUGCGAAACGAUCUUGGCACCAUCCUUAAAGACUGUGAAGAGAUGUAUAAUGUGUAUGCGGACAAGAGGAAUAAGAUGCUUGAUCUAAAAGGGGCGAACAGAAUUGACAACACGUGGGAAAAUAAUGCCUGGGACAAUGCGCCAGAUGACGGUUGGGUGCAGGAAGAAGCUUUUGUUGAAGAUAAGCCAGGCUUUAAGAAAUACAGAGCCCUUUAUGAAUUUGUUGCAAGAAAUUCAGAUGAACUCUCUUUCCAACCCGGCGAUAUUAUUUUUGUUCCUUUAAAUCAAAAUGCUGAACCAGGUUGGCUUUCCGGUGAAAUUAGAGGGGUGACGGGUUGGUUUCCUGAAUCUUAUGUAGAACCAGCUGACCACUCCAAUUCUGUUGAAGUUGCCCCUACCAAUAUUCCAAAAACACCCUUAGAGGGUAUUGCUGAAGUUGCUGAGACUGUGUCGGAAAGCGGUUCAGCUCCUGAAGAAGGGCCUGCUUUGCCGUCAGGUCUCGAUCCGAUUCUUGGACUCGGGAAGGCUUGUGACAUGACUGGUAUGGCUAUUUAUUCCUUCACAGGAAAGAAAUCAAUCCACCUCUCUUUCAUCAAAGGGGAUGUUAUUAAGGUUUCGGAAAUUCAGGAUCAAUGGUGCUAUGGUACAUUAAAUCUUGUAGAUGGUUGGUUCCCUAAAAGUUAUGUUAAACUUGAAGAAAACGUUUCACCUACUCCUGCAGUAGUAGCACCUUCUAGUCAAACUUCAACAGCAGUUGAAAAACAAGAAUACAUAUCUUUAUAUGCUUAUAAUUCUGAAGAGCCUGGUGAUUUAACAUUUGACCAAGGAGAGACUAUAACCGUGAUUGCAAAAGAAGGAGACUGGUGGACGGGCGUGAUUGGUGAUAGGACAGGAAUAUUCCCCUCGAACUACGUACAACUUGCAAAAGAGGUACAACCAGAGCCAGAACCUGCACCGGUCAUGAGCAUAUCGACGUCCCCGUUGCCACAGAGUUUCACGCCUGACUUCACAAAGACUCCGAUAAACGAUGUAAAAACGACACCUUCAAACAUAGAGCCCCAGAUAACUGGGGAGGGUAGAUCAGUAACACCAGAUUUUGCGAGCCUUUCAUCUCAGGUUGAAUCAGGAAGUGGAGAGGAAAGUGAAGUGAAGAGCAAAGGUAAGAAGUCCGUAAUCGCUACGGUAAUAGCUCCCUAUCAGGCAACGAGUUCUGAGCAGUUAAGCUUGCAAAGAGGUCAGUUGAUAAUGAUAAGAAAAAAGACCAGUUCUGGCUGGUGGGAAGGCGAACUUCAGGCGAAAGGAAAGAAGAGGCAAAUAGGUUGGUUUCCUGCGUCGUAUGUAAAGCUUCUUGCUGGAGGACGAAACUCCAGAUCGACAUCAAGAAAAUCAUCUGAAUCAGGACUUAGUGAUGGCCUUCUUGAAAGAGUAAUUGCUCUCUACCCUUACACUGCACAAAAUGAAGACGAGUUGAGCUUCGAAAAGGAUGACAUAGUGACAGUAUUAGCAAAGGAUGAACCUUUGUGGUGGAAAGGAGAAUGCAAAGGCUCAGUCGGUCUAUUCCCAAGCAAUUACGUUGGGCCGAUGUGGGUGAGCAAUUUGGACACAUCUGCAUUCGACAGCUCACCACCCGAUUCACCGAAAGAAGUCGACUCUAAGAGCAACAAAAAUGGGGUGAAGGUCUCAAGGGAGGAAAAGAAGAGACAGCAGCACAUCAACGAACUCAUGGACACAGAGCAAGCGUAUAUCGAUGAUAUGUCUGUGGUUUAUGAGGUUUUUGAAAAGCCUUUAAGAGAAAGCAAAUUAUUAACUCUUGAACAACUUCACACAAUUUUUAUUAAUUGGCAUGAGAUCAUUGAGUGUAAUUAUACAUUCUUAAGAGCUUUAAGAGUGAGAAGAGAAAUGAGCAAAGGAGGCUGUGUGAGAAAAAUUGGUGACAUCCUUUGUGAGAAUUUGCCAAGGAUGGUUGUGUAUGUUCGUUUUUGUUCUUGCCAACUCAAUGCAGCCACAUGUCUUCAAACCCUGAGCGAGACUAAACCGGAAUUUUUAGCGUUGAGCAAAUCUUGUCAGAUGGACCCUCGUACACAGGGACUUCCACUCUCUUCGUUUCUCAUCAAACCAAUGCAAAGGAUAACGAAGUAUCCUCUGCUGAUUUCAAAAAUCUUAGAAUGCACGCCAAGCAACCAUCCGGACAGGACGUGCUUGGAAGAAGCGCAAGCAAAAGCUGAAGAACUGUGCCAGCAGAUCAACGAGUCCGUGAGGGAGAAGGAGAACUCCGAUAGGUUAGAAUGGUUGCAAAACCACCUCCUCAAAGAUGGCCUGACAGAGCCCCUCGUAUUCAAUUCACUCACCAACGCUCUUGGCCCACGAAAGUUAUUACAUUAUGGUGUCCUCACAAAGACUAAAAGUGGAAAACAGCUCGUUGGUUUUCUAAUGAAUGAUUUCCUACUUUUGGCUCAACCAAAUCGACCACUUGGAAAUCAUUUUAAUUUUGAUAAAAGAAAUUUCAUUUUAUUCCGAAUGUACAAAAAGCCGUUGCUUUUGAGUGAAACAGUUAUAACAGACAAUGGGAAUGACAUACGAUUGGAAAAUAGCAAAACUGUAAUAAAUCUUACAACAGUGAAUUCUAAUGAAAAGUCUACCUGGUUGAAGGUACUGAUGCAGGCGCAAAAGGCUAUGAAUAAACUAGAAUCUGAAAAGUUUUACAGACAACAGUCAAUUCGAAGACGAAAACCGGUAAUGAAACUACAUGUGAUGGUUCUCAAUGCAAGGCCGUUGAUACCGAGUAAAUUUAGAGGAGUGAAUAGGGAAGUUUUCUGCGAGUUAUCAAUGGGCUGUCAAGAGCACAAGACCCCAGCUGUUUCAAUGGCUUCGAUAACCGAAGCAAUUUGGAACACAUCGAUGCAAUUUCUAGUCAAAGAUUUACGAGAAGAUGUCCUUUGUUUGACGGUGAAAGAAAAAGGGAAUUUUUCUCCAGAUCAAUUUCUCGGAAGGACGGAACUGCGUGUAUCGGAGAUUUUCAGGGCUAAACAGAUGAACCCAGGGGCUGUCGUGAGAGAGUUGAGCCUCCUGGAAGUUCGUUCAGGAACUAUAAAAUUGAAACUUGAUCUUCACCUUUUUGAAAAUCAUUGAAACGGAUGAUUUUGUAAAUAAUGAAUAGUACAAAGCUUUGCCAUUGUAAAUAACACGAAGAAUUGUAUAAUUAUUAUAAAGGGAUAAUUGUUAUGAAUUUUAGGCUAGUUGUGUAAAAGCAUUUAUCAGGACCAAAAGGGCUUGAAAUGUCAUGUUUAUUGUGCCUCUCUCUUUUUUACAAUGUGUAAAAAUUCAAAUUAACAUCGAAAAAUCACAAAGUGCUUUCCAGUCGCUCUCUUAUAAUUUCCAUGUAAAAAUAUUCUUCCUGGAGAGAAUUGAAUGUACUACUUUUGUUUAAUUUUAAUUUUUAUUUGAAGUACAAAAUUGAAUGUAAAUUUUAAGGGAAAAAAUGUGUUUUAUGUAU